ACUCUGCAGACUGUAAGAGUACAAGAAACUAAUGAAAGCAACUGCAACAGAAAACAUUUAGAGUUAUUUCUAAAACAACUCAACUAAUACGGACCGUAUUGUUAUUUUGGAACUUUUUUUUCCAAUGAGAAGGAUUACAACACCAACUUACUGGUUGAGAGCUGCUUGAGCUUUGAGACAAGCUAUCAGCUGCAAUUCAAUAAAAGUCUGCAUGCAGCAUACACCCGUACCAGGGGCUAACAACUGAGACAGAACUCAGACAACAUGGCACUCCAAAGAAAGGAAGUGGACACAAGAGUAACAACACCCCUUGUGGCACUGAAACGUCAGAGGCUCUUCUCUAAGGAUGGUCGUUGCAACCUACGCAUGACCAACAAGGCUGGUUCUCCAGCCAGAGGGCUACUUUACCUGAGCGACAUCUGGACUACGUUGGUGGACCUGCGCUGGCGCUGGGUUAUUCUUGCUUUCUGUGCCUCCUUCAUAGCUCAUUGGCUGCUGUUUGCCUGUCUAUGGUACCUGCUUGCCCAUCUGAAUGGGGACUUGCAGGUGGACCAUGACCAACCACCCCCAAACCACACCAUUUGUGUCAAGUACAUCACAAGUUUCACAGCAGCCUUCUCUUUCUCGCUGGAGACUCAACUCACUAUUGGCUAUGGAACCAUGUUCCCUAGUGGAGACUGUCCAAGUGCCAUUGCUCUCCUUGCAGUGCAGAUGUUACUCGGGCUUAUGCUGGAAGCUUUCAUAACAGGUGCUUUUGUGGCUAAAAUCGCUAGACCAAAGAAUCGAACAGGAACCAUCAAAUUUAGCCAAUCUGCUGUGGUGGGACAGCAUGAAGGAGAAACUUGCCUUAUGUUCAGAGCAACCAAUAUACGGGAAAGUCCUCUAACAGACAUUAGGGUAAAUGCCAUCUUAUAUCAAGAACGAGAAGACCAAACUCUUCACCAAACAAGUGUUGACUUCCACCUAGAUCGCCUAGGUAGAAAAAAGUGUCCUUUUUUUGCUUUCCCUCUGACAUUCUACCACCCACUGAACCAGUACAGUCCACUUUACCCAGCACUACGAGAGGGGAACAUGACUCACUUUGAACUUGUUGUCUUCCUGACUGCAGUCCAGGAAGGAACAGGUGAAUCAUGCCAGAAGAGGACCUCUUAUGUGCGCUCAGAGAUAGAACUGGAUCAUUAUUUUGCAUCUGUUCUCGAGUUGGGCAUUCAUGGCAAUUACAGAGUUAACAUGAGAAACUUUAAUAAAGUUCUUCCAGGUGCAGCAUUUUUUAAAGAAGACAGAGAGAAGGCUUUUGCUCAGAUAAAUGGCGAUCACGCAGAAACCUCAAUUGUAGGUGAGAAUAGAUUAAGGGAUAUUUAAUCUUCUAUCUUACAAAAGACUGCUAUAGCUGUUAUUCAAGAGAUCAAUCUCAAUCUUAUUACCACAGCAAUGAUUUCUUUCCCGCUCUGGAAUUUUCAUUUUGUUGGCAAUAUAAAAACUCAUGGAAGUUAUAUAAAAACAAUUGCUGUGAUUGAGAGAAAAAUCUGCAGGAGGCACAAAAACAAAGAAAUACCACUGAAAGGAUAAAACUGAAUGAACUGUUUAACUUCCCUAAUCCUCUAACAAACAUGGACUCUUGCAAAACAACAUCACUGAAGAAGCAUGUUUGCCUUAUGUAUUAGAUUAAAAAAAAUCAAGUUGAUUAAUAACUACAACAUUUACACAGUUUUGGUGAAAAGAAAUUAAACCUUGCUGAAUGGAAACCUGUGUUCUUAAAGAGACUAAAAAGUCUGGCACUGAUCUAUUAGACUAAAGUUGAACUAAAAAUGAAUUCUUAUAAUUUAUAUCUAUUGUAUAUUGUUUGGAAAAAUGACUAUGGAAUGUAGAAAUGCUAACCUCUUGAAACUAAUAAACAGCAUGCUACUCUGAAUUCUCCUCUCUGUUUGCUUUAUUAAAGUGCCUACAUUCAAGAUUUGUAGGAUUAUUUUAAAUUUACAAAGCUGUAUAAGACCUUAAAACACCGCAACCAUCACAAAUAUAGCUGAAAUGAGUAAAAACUGUUAUUUAAAUCAGAAAUGUAAGGGUUUUUUUCAUUAUGUAUUUAAUUUGCAUUUUAAAAUUUUAACAUAAAAAGAGGAGUCUGAUUAUCCACUUUUUGUUCAGUGUUACUAGUUUGAAUUUAAAGAAUCACAGGUAGAGACAGCUACUGGAAAUGUUUAAAAUGUAACAUAUUUAAUGAAUUUGUUCUGUGGUAAAAAAUAUCCCUUUAGAUAUUUGUGUGAACAUAUUCAGUUUACAAAGGAG